AACAACAACUGCUGAUUGACGUGCAACGUGUGUGUGCGUGUCCGUGUGCGCGUGUGUUGAGGCCUUGGACCGGAUGUGGGAUCGAUAUUUAAACAGUAUUUCGUGUCAUGCACACUAAAAGCUUUUCUCAUAAAUGCAAUGCGGACGUUGAUGACCAGUUAUCAACAUUAUAUAAUUAGUGGACGGUACGAGGCGUUCAGGUGCUGCUUGUUGGGUGGGACAGAAUAACACUGACUCACUCAAAUACUGAAGGAAACACUCAUGCACGCACGCACAUAUUAGACAAGUAUUUUUUUUCCAUUUACAAAAUAAAUGCAAGAAGUAUUUCGUUCAAGUCACCUUGACCUUUCUCUGCCUCACAAACAAAGCGUGUUUCGUCCCGGAAACAUUUUGACGUCAUGGUUUACAGCGUGUGCACUGUUCACGCAAUAAAAGGCAGCCAUUAUGUGUACAAAUAGAAUGGUUGGUAUUGCAGUUUUCUUACGCAAAGUAGUUUUCAUGUAAACAUUCUCUUCAAAUUAGCAUUAAGCGUGUAAGAGUAAGCAAAUGUGCUUUUAUUUAGAAAGGUUGUACCGGAUGUGGUCAGAGGUAGUGACGUAAAUUGACGUUGGUGCUUGUGGAGCUGCAGUGCGGACAAACGGGCUGGUGCAGCAGAACCUGCGCCUCCGAGUUGACCCGGCUCAGACUGAGCCUUAUGGAUCCAGUAGCGGUAUUUGAGUCCCAGUUACGGUCCAGCUGCGGGUGAAUCAGACCGCCAGCACACCCAGACCCGGACCGUGCAGGCUUUUAAUGAAGAAGGCCGUUGCAGUUGGGAAACCAGAACGGAACCGAAUGGGGGCUCGUUUCUGAGACGCGGCUUUAAGCGGACGUUUCGUGUGUGAACCACGUUCCAGAUGAAGAUUCCCAAAAGGCGGAAAAGGAGGUGCGCCAGCCACGCCUCCCAGCCCGUAGCCUGAUGCUGCUGACGAAUGACUUGUAAUGGCGGCGUUCUGUUACAACGUCUCAGAGCUCAGAUAAAUGGCUCGUUCAAGCUGGGAGCUGCUCGUGUUCUGUCUGGCUGGCAGAUGCAGUGCCUAGGCCCCGCCCACCAGGACAACGCCAACAUGAACGGGACGUCUGAGCAGGCCGACAUCCUGCCGCCAAACUGCAUGGUCAAGGACCGUUGGAAAGUGCUGAAAAAGAUUGGCGGCGGCGGCUUCGGCGAGAUCUACGAGGCUUUGGACCUGCUGACGCGAGAGAACGUGGCACUGAAGGUGGAGUCGGCCCAGCAGCCCAAACAGGUUCUAAAGAUGGAGGUGGCCGUGCUGAAGAAGCUGCAGGGUAAAAACCACGUGUGUAAAUUCAUCGGCUGUGGCAGAAACGACAAAUUCAACUACGUGGUCAUGCAGCUUCAGGGACGUAACCUGGCCGACCUUCGGCGGAGUCAGCCUCGAGGGACCUUCACGAUGAGUACUACGCUAAGACUGGGCAAGCAGAUCCUGGAGUCUAUUGAGGCCAUCCACUCAGUGGGCUUCCUGCACCGUGACAUCAAACCUUCGAACUUUGCAAUGGGCCGACUCCCUUCCACGUACAGGAAGUGCUACAUGCUAGACUUUGGUCUGGCCAGACAGUACACCAACACCACAGGAGAGGUCCGACCGCCGAGGACGGUGGCGGGCUUCAGAGGGACAGUGCGCUAUGCUUCUGUCAAUGCUCAUAAAAACAAGGAGAUGGGUCGCCAUGACGACUUGUGGUCGCUCUUCUACAUGCUAGUGGAGUUUGCUGUUGGACAGUUGCCAUGGCGAAAGAUCAAAGACAAGGAACAAGUGGGUCAAAUCAAAGAGCGUUACGACCAUCGCAUGCUGCUCAAACACAUGCCGUCCGAGUUCAACGUGUUCCUGGACCACGUCCUGGCGCUGGACUAUUACACCAAACCGGACUACCAGCUGCUGAUGUCGGUGUUUGAGAACAGCAUGAAGGAGCGAAUCAUCACAGAGAAUGAGCCUUUCGAUUGGGAGAAGGCAGGAAGUGAUGUCACCGUGUCCACCAGCGCCUCCACUCAACCGCAGCACAACACACGGCCCACUGCCGCCAUGGUCGGCGCCAUCGUGACACCGGUCCCUGGAGACCCCCAGCGUGAGAACACGGACGACGUCUUGCAGGACGAGCACCUCAGCGACCAGGAGAACGCCCCGCCGGUGCCGUCCGGCCGCACCCCUGGGGAGUCUGGAGUCCCACCUGGCGGCGAACCCGGUGAGGCCUGGGAGGACACCGACUUCAACCGCAACAGACUCAGGAUCAGCCUGAACAAGGGGGCUCAGGAGGAGGAGGCGGGCCGCGCCGCCUGUCCCGUGUCACCGCUUCGUAGUGGCGCUCCUGACUCGCCCACAGGUCAGGGGCGGUCCUUACGGUACCGCCGAGUCAACAGUCCCGAGUCUGACCGCUUGUCUGCUGCUGAAGGCCGUGCCGACGCCUACGGACAGAGGUCCAGGAUGGAUAUGCUGGGUUCGCCGUCCCGUCACGUGUAUUCCUCUCAACCGGCGCAGAUGCUGUCGGUGGACCCCGGUUGCCGUGGCGAUCGCCAGGCGAGUGGCAGGCAGGAAGUGUCGGCGGCAUCGGCGGACCAGGAGGCGCACAGUAACGCCUUCAUCCGUUCCGUGCCACUGGCCGAAGAGGAGGACUUUGACAGCAAAGAGUGGGUGAUCAUUGACAAGGAGACGGAGCUACGUGAUUUCCAGCCAACCACCUCUGGAACUACGGAUGAGGAGCCAGAGGAGCUUCGCCCCCUGGAGGAGCAGGAGGAGCGCAGGAAGCUCCGGGCUGCAGGCGGUGAACUGGUGGUCCGCCCCAAAACGCAUGCCAGAGACGAGGAGGCGUCGCGGCGGAGUGCAGGAAGCCCCGCCCACUCCCCGUGUCACUCGCUGCCCUCAGGACGCCCCCGUCGCAGAGAGUCCGAGCCCCUUGGACCUCAGAGAAUGGUGUCGUCACCCCCGGACCGGAGCGCCCCAUCACCGCCAUCGCCGGACUACCGCACCAAGGCCGAGAGCGACGAGCGGGAGCACGUGCACAUCCUCCCGAAGCUGCAGGCCAAGCGGGCUGACUUCCUGACCGUCAUGCUGACAGGGACGUUGCCUCAGCGCCGCAGCUUCACCGCUUGCGAGGACGAGGACGCAGUCCCGGCAACCCCAGGACCGAAAGACGACGAUGUGACCAAGAGCGAGUCCGACAGUGAGGCUAGUCCAAAGAGUUCUGAGCGGAGCCAGGAUGCCGCUCCCUCGACGCUCAUGGCCGAGGACCAGAGGGGGUCCAGGGGACACGUCUCGGCAGCUGACGCGGACCAGGACCUGGAGGACGCGUCCAAAACCCUGGUCCUCUUUUCACCCGGAGACACUCGAAAGUCCCCGUCUGGUGGAGACCAGGUUCUGGAAGGCGAGUUGGCUACGCCUUCUGGUCCGACCCCCCGCCAAGACCGCCUCCUUUGUGGAGAUGGCAUCAAUGUGGAAACCUCAGAGACGGGCCGGUUAUCUCCGGCCUUCAGAGCGGAUAUGAGGUCCUCUCCACCCAUCGCCCCUGCAUCCCCCCCAUUUACCAAAGUAGAGCGCACUUUUAUCCACAUCGCAGAGACUUCCCAUCUGAAUGUCAUGUCUUCCAACGGUCACACCAUCCGGGAGACGGAGCGGGACGUCCCUGAGGGAGACACCCACGAAUCAAGAGGAGCACCAGAGAUACACCAGCCUUCGCUGGAGUCCACUUUGGAUAAAACCCUCCAAACUGAGAACAGUCCUGCUGUCGUAGCUCAGUCUUUGGAGACAGUCCCAGAAGCCAUUUCACCGGAGCCUCCUGAACAGAAACCAGCAUGGUCCAAUGAGGAGACACCAAAGGUCCAGGAAUCUGGCUCCGAACCUCCUGCAGCAAUCAAGCCCAGGAUCAAGAGCAGAAUUCCCGUGCUCAUCUCAGAAGAAGACACGGAGCAGUCGUCCUCGGUUUCUGCAAGGGCUCGUCUUCAGCGACAAGCCAGACAGCAGGACUUGGCCCGUGUCCUGGUCCAGAGGCAGCAGGGUCGCUGGAUGAGGAGGAAAAUCUUGUCCGGGACCUCGUCUUCAUUGUCCUCUGGAGAUGACGAACGUCGCAGGGCUUCAGAAACUCUGUCCACCGCUGGCUCAGAGGAGGACACUCAUACCUCGGACGAGUUCAGGAGGAGCUUCAGUCUCAAACCGGCAGAGGAGCAGGACUCCACCGUGUCCAGAAGCCGGAUCCCCAGGCCCGUCACGCCUGUCAAAAGACCUCCAGGGAAGCUUGUCGCCGUUCCCUCUCCUCUCGCCUCGUCUGAGACAUCUGAAACCAAAGGAGGAACAUCAGCGUCGUCACAUUCCAGGAACCACAAGACCGGACCCAGCUUUGUCAGCACUCAACGCAAGUCCACACCCGUCACAUCCAGAUCUUCAUCCUCAUGUCCUCGUCCGGCCGGUGUCCCAGUCCACACCGGCAGCCCUCGGAUGCCCCUCAGAGUCCUCUUUGGAACCCGUCGCAGCCUUAGCUCCACCCACUGCAGGACUGACAGCCCGUCUCCCCAGAGAGCAGGUCCGUCCAGACCGCUGCUCUCCGUCCGAGCCCCGACGGCCCCCGUUCUGCCGCCCAGGAACACCACGGCCAUGCGGCGCAGUGCCUCGCAGGAAGCGGCCGCCCAGUCGCAAUCAGGCCCUGCCCCCAACACCAGGUCCCGGUCCAAAGCAGCCGGUGUGGCCAAAGGGACACCAAUCUGCAGGGACAAGGUGGCGCCCGCUAGAUAAUACAAAGACACUCUGCGACAAGUUCGGCUUCAGUUCUUUAAUGACUUCCUGUACCUUCUUCACGGGCUUCCAGUGUGGAGGUCCGAGACUUUGUCCCCUGCUUGGAUCACGCUGCAUGGAACACCACCAAGAUAGACUGUGUUCUUGCUGAGCAUGCUUCAAUCAUCAGCAGCGUCUUUUCUUACGCAUGACACAAACAGGGUCCGCCGUAUCAGUAAAGUCUCGAUCAUGUGACACCGCCUCCUGUCUUUCUUUUCUGCUUUUCUCACCGUGGUCACAUGACCUGGCAGUGGAGGCAACGUUUAAUCGUUGCUGUCCAAAGAAGGCUGAGGUGAGUAUAGUGAUUCUUAUUUUCUGGCGAUAAAAUUGUGUGAGAAAGUGAGAAGAAAAGACCACAAUCGGUGGGUCCACUCAAGUCUUUUUGAACAUGGGUAGUCCCGCAGAAAAUGUCUAAAUCACCACAUUUCCAUUACCGGUGUUGUGCCAAGAUUGUCUGCACUUCGUAAACGUGGCGCCAUCAUGUUCUGGUUCUCCUGAGCUCCAUGGCACUAGCGGUGUACCUCCUUGGGCAGGCAAGGUCGAGGCAGAGCCCUCAUGUCCGGCUUCUUUAUUUUGGAAAUACAGCUGGAAUAGGUUCAGAUUCUGGAAGAUGAAGAAAGCUUUCUGUGUGAGUUAUUGUGUGUAGCUGCUCUAUAAGAGUCCACUUCUCAAUACAAAUACAAAGUGCCCAAAACGAGCAUAAAAGGUCCCCCUUAAGGCUUGUCUCAAUUUUGCCAGAAAAUAUCUUGAAAAUCGCCAAGACCUUUCAUCAAAAGAACAUAGCGACAGUAAAAUAUAGUGGUGGCAGUGUGAUGGUCUGGGGCUGUUUUGCUGCUUCAGGACUUGGGAGGAGGAGCAACAGCAAAUCAUUAUGGGACUUGGAUGUUGGCUAAUGUCAUGUGACGUUUGUGCUAGGUAGAUAAAUAGAGCAGAACGGUCGAAUAUUAAAAAGUUACGACACCAUAAUAAGUGUGAGGUCUUAUUCAGUUACAGUCUUUGUAGCGUUUGUCCCCUUUCACCAUUAGCAUGUUACGCGUUUUGCUUUUCCUUUGAAAUUUUUUCAUGUUUUCCAGUGGUUAACUUCUUGAUGUUUGUGUUACAGGCCUCGCAGAGUAAUCUGGUCCCAGUGUUCGUCUUUAUGGUGGGCGUCUGUCUGAUGUAACAGAAGGAAGACAUGUUGUGGUCGGUAGGGUUCUCACGGCAGUCUGUAGCCAGUGUUUAACAAUAAUUCUCACUGUUCUUUAACCUGCAUUUAAUAGUAUCACACAGUAACAAUUUCUAAAACAAAGUUUUUAAAAGGUUGUUCUAUUUGGUUAUUUUUUUGACUAGCUUACACCAGAUCUAAUUAGGCAGUUGUGUGUUUUACAGUGGUUAACUUGUGAUACAGUUUUUAAAGUGUGCUUUGUUUUUUUACACAGUAAAAAGACCACCUACCUUAAGAAUGAAGAAAAGGCAUCCAUCUUUGCGCUUCUUUAAAAAGGUACCUGGUCUUACAAAAUGAAAACAGUUCAGAUUUUAAAAUUCAUAUAUUUGCAAUUUAGCAGACAUCUGUAGAAGCAGGAAUUAGCACAUUAUGUCAGUAACAUUAGCUAGCAUGUUUUAGGACAUCUACCAACAUUAGUUAGCAGUUCAAACUUCACAUAAAUAGCACAUAUUUUGCUGGGUGUUAGCUUGAGGAUUUUCUUCUUUAGCUUUUGUCAUUGAGAAUUAGCAAUUUAGCAGACAUUUGUUGAUGCAGGAGUUAGCAAAGUGUAUCGACGACGGUCGCUAGCAUGUUAGCUGGGUGCAUCUCAAACUCCGGGCUAGCGGUUAGCAACAGCUAGCCAGCGUUAUUAUGAUUAGCAUAGCCGGGCAUGUAUUUGUGUUUUACGUGUAUCGAACUGGUUAGCUAACCAGA